AUGAAUAAUAGUAGAUUGAGUCGUUGCCUAAAGUCUUUGGAAUCUUCGGGAUAUUUGUCUAGUAAAGAUCAGGGAAAACAAAUGAAGUUACUUGAACACGGUCAGGAAUAUGCUAAAAUGUUGAAGAAGCAAUGGUUAGAUCUAAGACCAUUGGGUGUUUAUAUGGGCUGUGGCAAUAAUUACUUAUCAUCUGCCAAUAAACGUUUCUCCUUUAUGCAAACGGAGCACUUUUCUGAACAUUUCCAAAAACUAGGCCAAAAGUUUCCACGCAAAUUCAAAUGUCCAACAGUAAUAAAACACGAAACAUCUUCAUCCAACACUUGGGCUUCUCAAUUCACUUCUGAUUCCUGUAAUACCCACUUAAUUACCGAUUUCCUAGUCCAGCCGCAACGUGGCCUGGAACAUUUUUAUAAUAUACAACGUGAGAGUAAAAUCUGGUGGAUGCGUUGUUCAUCAAACCCGAGUCGUUAUAGCAUUAUACCAUAUAAACUCGCAGAGGGAGACGAUCAGAAUGGUCAAGCUAUUGAUAUUAAAGCUUCUUUUGAUGAUGAUUAUCAAAUAACAAUUGAACAUUUGACUUUGGUUAAUCCACAAGAAGACAAAUUUCAAUUGCCUCAUGCUAAGACUGGAGAAAUGGUGCUACCAACAGUCAUUAGAUCUUCAAUACCUUUGGAAAUUGCCACCAGCGCUCUUCUUCUAGAUGGCUGUGAUCACAAUCGAGAGACUCAAUCCUUGCUUUUAAAUCGACAUUUAGCUCCAUAUCAAUGUGCCAUUGCCUGCCUUCAAAGUCAACCCAACCAGUUGGCAGAUCUUAAAGAUCUUUGUCAGCAUUUUAGAUAUAUCCUACUUGAAUCCGGUUUACGUUUGUGUCAGGGUGAUGGUUUUAGCUUAGCCAAGGAUCAAACUGAACUCUCCAAGCAACAUCAAAAGGCCGAUAUUCUUGGCGUACCCUACACAUUAGUCCUCCAUGGGGAAACCCUACAAAAUGGUUUGCUGCAGUUGCGCAGUCGUGACACCAAACUCGAAGAGACCAUACACAUAAGCGAUGUACCAGACUAUUUAUUAAAUAUAUUUAAAAAUUAAUAAAAAAUGAAAACA